CUGCACGUGGCCGGUGGCGGGGCUGGCCGUCUUGCCGUGCACGUUGGGGAGCCGGUACAUGCAGGUGGGAAGCUCUACACGCAGAGGUGCGCCGUCACCAUGAUAGGACUUUACCUGGUACAUCGGCAUGGUGUGGAACCCGAGGGAGGAGGGUGGCCGGUGAGGGACACAAACGCUCAAGACACUGCCGGGGCCGCCUCGGACAGCGGCCGCCUUCUUUCUAACCCCCUCCCCACUGCGUGCGUCCGCGAAAACGCAGCCCGUGAUUUCUAAUUGGUCCGGCGCUUCUGACGUCACGGAAUCAGCCUUUGACCUCACCAAUCCGAGGGCAGGAGGUCUGGUAGGCGUUUAGCCGGAAGAGGCGGGGCAGCGGCCUGUUGACGUCGCUUCCGGAAGGGGCGGGGAAAUGUGUCAAAAGCAGCCAAUAGGCGGCUGGAAGACGGAACCUCCGCGCGUGGCGGCGCGAAUCCUGGCGCUGGCUGAGUCGGGUUGCGUUCGGAGGCCAUGGAGCGGGCCGAGGGCUCGAGAACUUGCUAAGGCCAUCAGACCUAUUGAUGGGAAGUCAGUCCAUCAGAUUUGCUCUGGGCAGGUGGUACUGAGUCUAAGCACUGCCGUGAAGGAGUUGGUAGAAAAUAGUGUGGAUGCCAGUGCCACUAGUAUUGAUCUGAGGCUCAAAGACUAUGGUGUGGAUCUAAUUGAAGUUUCAGACAAUGGAUGUGGGGUAGAAGAAGGAAACUUUGAAGGCCUGGCUCUGAAACAUCACACCUCUAAGAUUCAAGAGUUUGCGGACCUCACUCAGGUUGAAACUUUUGGCUUUCGAGGGGAAGCUCUGAGCUCACUUUGUGCAUUGAGUGAUGUAACUAUUUCUACCUGCCACACAUCUGCAGAAGUUGGGACUCGACUGGUGUUUGAUCACAAUGGGAAAAUCAUCCAGAAGAUCCCCUGUCCGCGGCCCCAUGGGACGACAGUCAGCGUGCAGCACUUAUUCUAUACCCUGCCUGUGCGCCACAAGGAGUUUCAAAGAAACAUUAAAAAGGAGUAUGCCAGAAUGGUACAAGUCUUACAGGCAUACUGUAUCAUUUCAACAGGCAUCCGUGUAAAUUGUACCAAUCAGCUUGGACAAGGAAAACGACAGCCUGUUGUGUGCACAAGCGGAAACUCCAGCAUAAAGGAAAAUAUUGGCUGUGUGUUUGGACAGAAGCAGUUGCAAAGCCUCAUUCCUUUUGUCCAGAUGGCCCCUAGUGACUCUGUUUGUGAAGAGUAUGGCUUGAGCUGCUCAGAGUCACUGCAUGACUUAUUUCACAUUUCAGGCUUCAUCUCACGCUGCACACACGGCGUUGGAAGGAGCUCCACAGACAGACAAUUUUUCUUCAUCAAUCAGCGGCCUUGUGACCCAGCAAAGGUGUCUAGACUUGUAAAUGAGGUCUAUCACAUGUAUAAUCGGCAUCAGUAUCCCUUUGUUGUUCUUAACAUUUCUGUUGAUUCAGAAUGUGUUGACAUUAAUGUGACUCCAGAUAAAAGGCAAAUUUUACUACAAGAGGAGAAGCUGUUGUUGGCAGUUUUAAAGACCUCUUUGAUAGGCAUGUUUGACAGUGAUGCAAACAAACUUAAUGUCAGCCAGCAGCCACUGUUGGAUAUUGAAGGUAAUUUAAUAAAGAUGCACAUGCCAGAUGUGGAAACGCCUCUGCUGGAAAAGCAGGAUAAUCCACCUUUGGUGAAGAUUCCAGCGGAAGAAAAAAGGAUAGCGUCAAUUUCUAGGCUGAGAGAGGCCUUUUCUCUUCGUCACACCACGGAGACCAAGUCUUUGGGCCAAGAGACGCCUAAGCUGAGACAGAAUUCUGUAAGACAGAAGAGGAGUGUACCAUCCUCUUGUGCCUCAGGUCCCAUCUCUGGUGGAGGCCUGAAGGGCCCUCAGGAUGAACUAGUGGUGAGUCCUAGGGAAGGCCAUGGUGACUGUGUGGAUAGAGUGAAAAUGGAGAGAGACUCAGGGUUGAGCAGCUCUUCAGCUGGCUCUGAGGAAGGGUUCAGCACCUCGGAAGUGGGCAGUUGCCUCAGCAGCGACUGUGCACUUAGCUCCCCAGAAGACAGAGCUUCCCAAGAAAACGUGGACUGUGGUGAGACGUUACCUGAAACAGAUGCACAACGGCGCUUAAACCAAGGUGACAGCCAAUAUAAAUGUAGAGUGUUGCCUCUGCCAACCAAUCUCACAUCCUCAAACACCAAGCGUUUUAAAAAGGAAGAAAGACCUCGGAGUCCUGACAUUCCUCAAAAGUUGGGUAAUACUAAGAACACGUCUGCGGCUCAAGUUGAUGUAGCUGUGAAAAUCAGUAAAAAAAUAGUGCCCCUUGACUUUUCAAUGAGUUCUUUAGCUAAACGAAUAAAGAGGUUACAUCACCAAAAGCAGCAAAGAGAAGACAAACAGAAUUACAGGAAAUUUCGGGCUAAGAUCUGCCCUGGAGAAAAUCAAGCAGCAGAGGAUGAACUGAGAAAGGAGAUAAGUAAAGCGAUGUUUGCUGAAAUGGAGAUCCUCGGUCAAUUUAACCUGGGCUUUAUAAUAACCAAGCUGAAGGAGGACCUCUUUCUCGUGGACCAGCACGCCGCCGACGAGAAGUACAACUUCGAGAUGCUGCGGCAGCACACUGUGCUGCAGGCGCAGAGGCUCAUCACACCUCAGGCGCUCAACCUAACUGCUGUCAAUGAAGCCAUCCUGAUAGAAAAUCUGGAGAUAUUCAGAAAGAAUGGCUUUGAUUUUGUCAUUGAUGAAGACGCUCCAGUAACCAAAAGGGCUAAAUUGAUUUCUUUGCCAACUAGUAAAAACUGGACCUUUGGGCCCCAAGAUGUAGAUGAGCUGAUCUUUAUGCUAAGUGACAGCCCUGGAGUUAUGUGCCGGCCUUCCCGAGUCCGGCAGAUGUUUGCCUCCCGCGCCUGUCGGAAGUCUGUGAUGAUCGGAACCGCUCUUAACAUAAGUGAGAUGAAGAAACUGGUCACCCACAUGGGUGAGAUGGAACACCCCUGGAACUGUCCUCACGGAAGGCCAACCAUGAGGCACAUUGCCAAUCUGGACGUCAUUUCUCAGAGCUGACGCUGGUCGCUUCCUAGAAGAAUGAUAGAUUUUAUUGCAGAUGUCGUAGUUUGGAAAAACAAGAUUUCAAAACCUUUUGUAAUUGUGUCAAAAUUAAUGUGCUGCUUUAAUGUACUGGAUCCAUUUUAAAAUGAUCUCCAGCCAGACUUGAUUGGUAUGUGCCUAUAGUCCUAGUUCCUUGGAAUCAGGAUCACUUGAGCCCAGGAAUUUGAGACUUUGUCCACAAUGAGACUACAUCUCAGAAAAAGAAAACAAAGGCCUUGAAGUGUGUCUUGCCAUGUGUA